CUCUCUCUGUGUGCCCUGGAAGGUUGACCUUUACCCCGCUCUUGAUGGUGCUUCGUUGAUUGCAAGUCGCCACCACGCUCAACCUUAAUCUGAGUCACGAGUCUCGACGCUCCAAUCUACGCCUGUAUGAGUCUCGGCGGGGAGUUCAUGUCGGCUCCAUCUCCAAUCCUCUCAGUGCUCCGACCACCAUGGCUUCCAUCCCUCGCCACUCUCUGAGGUACGAAGAAUUCGCCGCCUCUGACAUGGACACAGACACCUUGACAUCGAGAUUUCGCAUUAGUCCUUCCGCAGAAGCUGAGGCUGAGGAUCAAGCUACGCCCAAGGAUCACACUCGUGAUGACCAUGCUGCUCGCUGUAGGGCGACCACUAGCGCUUUGACGCUGGAUGAGGACGAAUUUGACAUUGAGAAGGAGAAGCAACCCUGGGUCAGCGGGUCAGGCCAGCCUCGUGAAGCGGAGCGCCGACAAAAGUACUACGCCAGCGAGACUUACUCGCCCAAUUCCUAUCCACCGCACCCAACCGCUCAGGGGCGGCACAGCGACAGCGAGCAGUGGAGCUACGGUGGGGCUGGCAAUUAUUCGCCAGGCCGAGCACCUGUGCGCGGCAGCAAGUUGGACGUCGAGAAUGAUGCUGGUGCAAAUGGCAAGAGUGAGGCAGGCUGGGGCUUUCGAAUGCCAUGGCAUGGCAAGGGCUAUGCAGCUCCGCCUGGUGACGACUUCAAGGAUGACAGCAGCGGCUCACGGUCGGAUGGGCGUCUAAUUGCGCGUCUCGCAUCGCACUUGGGCAAGAUAGGCUUCACCUUGCUGAUCACUGCCUUGCUCUGGAUACCUGGACUGGUCGCUCUCCUCAUAUAUGGCGCGAGACCCUCGAACGGCUUCGCGCAACCGCAAGUGUGGAGCGUCGGCAUAUUUUGGUGGAGCAUCUGGCUGUCUUGCUCCUUCUUGGCUACAUUCGUAUGCCACGUCGUAGCCAGCAUCGUGCCGCGCUUCUUUUUGAGCUUGCUUGGCGGUGUUCAAGCGAUCAAGACCCCGGCAGCAUACUUGCUCGCCGUCAAGAGGUAUGCUGCAGCGUUCCUUUGGACGCUCUUCGUCUGGAUUGCUUGGCUGGUCAUCAUAGUCACCCAUUUCAACGACCCUUCACAAAAGUCCGUGAUCCAGCAGGGAGAGACAGCAGUCGAGUCGAGCUCGUCAGACGUCAGCAGUACUGCCAACCUCAUCGUUACCAUCGGCCGUUUCUUCUUUGGCCUCGCUCUGUGCAGUGCCAUUCUACUGGUGGAAAAGUUUGCAGUGCAAUGGAUCGCGUAUCGUUUCCACCGAGUGCAAUACGAGUUCCGUAUUUCAGUGGAAUCUCAGCAUGUUGACGUUCUGGCCGCGCUAUAUGCCAAAGCGCGGCCUAACUAUCCGGGUCUGACGCUCAAAGCUGAGCGCGCUUACUCCGGUAAUUCGUUGGGUUCUGGUGCGGUGCCAGAGCUGGCGGCCUUCGGCACAGCAAGCAGCAGGUUGAAGAGCCAAAGGAUGCGGGCCACAGGCCCAAGCGCUAGCAUUCUUGGCACGGCUGCUUCCUCAAUGAACCCAAGUGUCAUGCUUCCCUUUGGUCCAAGAGCCAUUGUUCUGAGAUCACUCGACUCCGAAAGCGAGACAAGGAAGCUGGCGAAGCGCAUAUAUGCAACCUUUGCUUCGAAGUCUGCUAGCGGUGACGCAUCGUCCAUUGGCUUAGAAGACAUCGCGGAUUGCUUUCCAAAUGCUCACAGAGCUACUCAAGCGAUGGAGCUGCUCGAUGCGGACGGCAAUGGGAGUGUGACCGCUUCUGAGCUUGAGCAGGGCUGUAUUGCGAUCAGGAAGGAACGCAUGUCUUUGAUGGCAAGCAUGCAUGACGUGGACAGCGCAGUAGCAGCACUCGACGGAGUCUUCAUGUCUUUCUACAUGUUGAUAUCCCUGUCCAUCAUUGCAGCCUUGCUCUCGGUCAAGUUCAGGACUGCUGCGCUGUCGAUGGGUGCUGUACUUCUUGGUCUGAGCUGGCUCAUUGGCGCCAGUGCUCAAGAAGCUCUGGCCGCGAUCUUGUUCGUGUUCGUAAAGCAUCCAAUCGACGUUGGCGACAAUAUUGAGAUUCCUGGGCUUCUGACUGAGAGCGAGAAGAAUGUGACUCUCGCCGUACACGAGCUACAGCUUCUCUCGACAGUAUUCGAAACGACAACGGGCAAGCUGCUACAAGUCCCCAAUGCCAUCCUCGCAACGAAAGUCAUUGUCAACUUUAAUAGAUCGGGACCCAUCGAUGAGCAGGUGUCCAUCACUGUCGACUACACCACUGAACUCUCAGCGAUCGAAGAAUUGCGCCAAGACAUGCUUAGGUGGAUCGAUUCGCGCGCUAGGGAUUACCGCCCAGGGCUUGAUAUCCACAUUCAAGAUCUGGGUGAUCAAUCCAAGCUUGUACUGCAAGCGUCCAUCAGGCACAAGUCCAACUGGGCAGACGCAAGCUUGCGCGCCGAAAGGAAGAACAUCUGGCUGUGUGCCUUCAGGCACUUCAUGCAGCUUCGCAAGAUCUACGGGCCUUCGGGCGAUCCUCAUUCAGUGCCCAUCAGACGAGUGGCUAUGGUCGAUGCGCCCAAAGCCCAGACGCCACCACUAGCGCAUGCGCCGAAAAAGCCCGAGGAGUACACGUUGCUGGAUUCGCGCACUCAAGCGAGUGAAGCCGAGCAUGCUGCCGCAGCCGACGUCAAAGGCUAUAGCACAUCCCUAAGUCAAGCUCCCGCUCACGAUCAACGCCAGCGAACACCGCGACGCUGAGUGUCAGCUCCAGCAUUGUUAGGCUUGCGCUACAUGAGGCCCCUCGACUCUCUACACCGAGCUCCGUUCGACCUCGAUCGCGCGUAUCGCGUCAGCCUCUGCUCACCAGUCCCGUUCCCAAGUCGUACCCAUUCAGCUGCACUUAUGACUUGCCAUUCUUGACCCUUUGACGCUCUUCCAUACCCAAGCCCGCACGUCACGAACUGAGACGACACGAAUACAUACUCUGGCUGGCAUGCCUAUCGAUCAGACCUCGUGGGUUGCAUUGACGCAUUGCCUAGCUUCUACUUGCAAAGGGAUGGACGUAGAUGCGAGCAAGAGAGCAAGCGAUUGGUGACGCAAGCCUCCAUGUUGGAACCGCGACUGCGCCCGCCUGGCUGACAUCCU